AUAAAAUCCCAUACAUCGACGCGGGACCUGCGUCGGUUUGUGACGCGUUACUUUGCGAUUAUGCUAAAGUAGUCCACUUCAAAUCCACACAACUGUGAAGUAACCCGCUGACAACCAGUCGCCUCCUCUACAGCUCCAGCCAAAGCCAACACCUGCCAUUAGCGAAUCCCCUCGACGAAACCAUGGAGCACGUUGACCAGACCGAGAAGGCCUACCAGAAGCAGCAGGGCGUGUUCCUUGCCAGCAAGAAGUUCGCCGGCAAGAAGAAGGGCCCCCGCUUCUACAAGGAGGUGGGUCUUGGCUUCAAGACCCCCAAGAGCGCCAUCGAGGGCCAGUACGUGGACAAGAAGUGCCCGUUCACCGGCAACAUCUCGAUCCGUGGCCGUAUCCUCAAGGGUGUCGUCCUCUCGACCAAGAUGAAGCGCACGAUCAUCGUGCGUCGUGACUACCUGCACUUCGUCAAGAAGUACAAGCGUUUCGAGAAGCGUCACAAGAACGUGGCUGCCCACCUGUCGCCUGCCUUCCGUGUGAAGGAGGGUGACGUCGUCACCAUCGGCCAGUGCCGCCCGCUCGCCAAGACGGUGCGCUUCAACGUGCUGGAGGUCGAGCCCGCCUCGGAGACCAAGCCCAUCAACGUGCGCAAGCAGUUCCGCCAGUUCUAAGGCUAGCAGAGCAGAAACUGGUUGAGUGUUGGGCGGUAGCUUUAGUAUGAGCUACGCAACUGUUAAUCCGAUGCUAAUCAGGGGAUUUCAAACACUA